GAGAGGAUUUUAAUAAAAUUUAGAAGUAUGUACAUUCACACCGCAGAGAAAAGUAACAAAACAAUAAUUUUUUAAUUUUGACCAUUUGAGAAUAGUUUAUACCACAAGGAGAAUAGAAAAACAUUUCUUACGGGUUUAAUUAUUUAUAAUUGAAGUACUUUUUCAAAGUUUCAUCUGUACGGUUAACUUUAUUUUUUGGCUAUCUUUCUUGGAAAUAAUUGUAAAGAAAAAACAUCAUGAAAGUUUUCAUAUCUCUACUUGGUUUUUUAACUAUUAUUGCUAUUGCACAGACAAAUAAUCUUGUUGGCCAUAAAGUUUAUCGUGUUCAUUUUAUUGAAAAUAUUCAAUUAAGGGAUUUACGUGAUGCAAUGAUCACAAGGUUUGAGAAAGUAUUAUGGUUAUAUGUAGAUCCGAAUGAAACUUGGGCUGAAAUAGUUGUUUCACCAAAAGAUGAAAAACCAUUUUUUGAUUUAUUAAGAGAAUUAUCUAUUCAAUGGGAAUUUUUAUAUGAAAUACAGAAUGAUGAAACUUUGAAAAAUUAUAUGCCAAGGGCUGUUAUUGAAAAUCAACGUAAAAGCUAUCGGGGUUAUAAGGUAUACAAGGUGACAUUUGAUAACGAAGAACAAUUCGAAAUAUUGCGUAAGAUGCAAUUUGAAUCAGGAGCCGGUGAUUUCACAUUCUGGCAUCUUUCUCAUUUUGAUAAAUUUGCUGAUAUUAUGCUAGCCCCAACGAAAGCUGCCGACUUUCUAAAUUUUUUAACUAAAUAUAAUUUUAAAUAUGAAUGCAUUGUUGAAGAUGUUGAAGGCACAAUACCUAAAACCGCCAGAAAUUUAAAUGAAAAACCUAAAAGUUAUAAGGGUUAUAAAAUUUAUGAGGUUCAAUUUACAACUGAUGAACAAUUUAAAAUUUUAAACCAAAUGCUAUUGGAAUCAGGUGAAACAUCGGAUUACAAUGUUUUGCAUUUAUCACGUUCUCGUAAAAUUGCUGAUAUAAUGGUUGGACCUAGUAAAAUAUCAAAUUUAUUUAAUGUACUAGAUCAAGAAAAUUUAAGUUAUAAAUGUGUUUGUGAAGAUGUUGAAGAAUUAAUAAAUGAAUCUAAAGGUAAGCCAACUAAUGAUCGAAGUUUUUACAAGGGAUAUAAAGUUUACCGGGUAAAUUUCAAUUCUGAUGAGCAAUUUGAAACUUUACGUAAAAUGCAAAUAGAGUCAGGUUCUGGAAAUUAUUCAUUUUGGCAAUUACGUCAGAAAAGUAAAUUAGCUGAUAUAAUGGUGUCACCUGAGAAUGCCACUAACUUGCUUUCAAUAUUGGAAAAAAAUAACAUGUCGUAUGAAGUCAUAAUAGAUGAUGUUGAAGAGUAUAUUAAAACUCAUAAUUAGCUUUUUAAGUAUACACAACACAGCGUUCCAUUUAAAAAUGUAUACAUAGAUAUAUGAAUUUUUUUGAAAUAAAAUGUAAGAAUAAA